AUGCACAUGUACCUUGGUAUAAAAAUAGUGGGCCUUUGGCGGGCUAACUGACCAGCAGCUGCUGAACAGCACUAGGAGACCACUCGGACUAGACUCAAGAACUGCAGGGGAUAGAUGGAUCUCUACUGGGGAUGGCCUAGAGUACAGGUGGAUCUGGAUGAAGAUAAUAGAAAUGCCAAUGCCAUACCGAUUGAAGCGGCUGUUGUCUUUUACAACAGCCAAUCUCAAUCAUCUUCUUAUAGUAGUUUUCCUACAGACUGUUGUGAUGAUGAUGAGGAGGAGGAGGAGGAGGAGGAUUUUGAACUGCAAGAAGAGGAUCAAGAGAUUGGAGCUAGUAAGAGGGGAAGGAAGAGAGGGAGGAGGAAUAAAACUAAAAAGGAGAAGGAGGACUCUGAGGCCUCACAAAGAAAGCAGAAAAAUUCUCAAGAGAGAAAAAGAGUGAAGAGUAUAAGGCUAAAAUAUAAUGAACUGAGAAAGGUUCUUGGCUUUGACACAACAAAGAAACUUUGCAAGCAAAAGAUUCUUGACGCUGCAAUAGAGUACAUCACCAAACUGCAAGAUAUGAUCAAAGAUGACAGGGAAGAGGAGCCUCUUCUUCUAUGUGAUGAGACCAUUCACUCUAUCGAGAGCAGCAGCAGCGGCAGUACUGAGUGCUCAUCAGUCUUGUCUCCCGCGCCUACUUCUGAGCUUAGCCCGGUCCCUUUUUCCUAUUCCUAUGGAAUUGGACGGUGUCCUGCUUUAACUCCAUCAUUAUGCUCCCCUCCUCAGGCUCAGUUCACACUGAUGGAGUUAUACAAUCAUGGAAGAUGGAGGGCUACUCCUGAGAUGGAGUUUCCCUGCAAUGUCGGGGUCACUACGCCUCCUGCUACUUUUGAUUCAUCGUAUACUAUUUCACCACCUCCAACGAUCCCUCUCCAUCACAUGAUGUUCAAUGAAAACUAGUUCAUAAAAGAGAGUUUCAAAACUAAAGUUUAAACAUGUUUUUGUAUAGAUAUUUUCAUGGUUUUCAGGUGUUUUCACUGUUUUGUGAGAAAGAAAGUUGCGUCUUUGCGAAA